GGCUGCAGACGUCACUUGUUAUGUCUCGUCCCGCUCGGGCUCCGCUCCGGCGCGAGGAAGCGGCGGCGGCGACAACGACCAGGACGGGGGUCGGGCAGGGCCCAGCCCAGCCUGGCCAGGAGGCGUAGGGCUGUCGCCGCUCGGGGGGGUAAAAGCUCCGCCCGCUCCGGUCGCCGCUCCGCCGCUGUGGGGGGACAUCGGCGCGCGGCCGAGAAGGCCGCCCCGUCGGCUGGCCUGAGGCCCGGGCUGCUCCCGGCCCCGGUUCCCUCUGCCUGAGGCGACGGAUAUCGGGCGCGUCGGCCGGCCGCCCUCCGUCCCUCGGACGAUUCGCUUUUCCUCAGAGUGACCCAGAGAGGGGGAAGGAAGGAAGAUGUGGCUGAAGCUGUUUUUCUUGCUCCUGUAUUUCCUGGUCCUGUUCGUCUUGGCCCGGUUUUUCGAGGCCGUCGUGUGGUACGAGACGGGCUUCUUUGCCACCCAGCUGGUGGAUCCCGUGGCGCUCAGCUUCAAGAAACUGAGGACCAUUUUGGAGUGCCGGGGUCUGGGCUAUUCGGGCCUCCUGGAGAAGAAGGAUGUCAGGCAGCUGGUCCAGAAAUCGGGAGACCUCAUGGAGGGUGAACUGUAUUCUGCUCUUAAGGAAGAGGAAGCUUCCGAAUCUGUUUCAAGCACAAACUUCAGUGGUGAAAUGCAUUUUUAUGAACUAGUAGAAGACACGAAGGAUGGUAUCUGGCUAGUACAGGUCAUAGCAAAUGACAGGAGACCUCUUAUGGAAAAAGUCCAUUGGGAACAAAUGGUGAAGAAAGUAUCAAGGUUCGGUAUACGUACUGGUACUUUUAAUUGCUCCAGUGACCCAAGAUACUGCAGGAGAAGAGGCUGGGUAAGAUCUACACUAAUCAUGUCAGUUCCACAAACUAGAACAUCCAAAGGAAAAGUGAUGCUUAAAGAAUACAGUGGACAUAAAAUUGAGACGGAGCAUAUUUUCAAAUGGAUAACAGCCCAUGCAGCUUCUCGGAUCAAAACAGUCUUCAAAUCAGAACACCUAAAAGAAGAAUGGAACAAAAGUGACCAUUAUAGAGUAAAAAUAUACUUGUUUGCUAAGUUAGACCAGCCUCCUGCCUUCUUUUCUGCACUAAGUGUAAAGUUUACAGGCAGAGUUGAGUUUAUUUUUGUGAAUGUAGAAAACUGGGACAACAAGAGUCACAUGGAAGAGAUGGGUAUCUAUAAGACACCAUCCUAUAUCCUUAGAACUCCUGAAGGCAUUUACCAGUAUGGGAAUAAUACUGGCGAAUUCAUUUCCUUGCAUGCCAUGGACUCCUUCUUGCGUUCUUUACAACCUGAAGUUAAUGAUUUGUUUGUCUUAAGUCUGGUCUUAGUUAACUUAAUGGCUUGGAUGGACCUAUUUAUCACCCAAGGUGCCACUAUAAAACGCUUUGUUGUUCUUAUAAGCACUUUAGGGACCUAUAAUUCACUCUUAAUUAUUUCUUGGCUGCCAGUCCUAGGUUUUCUGCAGUUACCUUAUUUAGACAGUGUCUAUGAAUGUAGUUUAAAACUGUUUAGGUAUUCCAAUACAACUACAUUGGCAUCCUGGGUGAGAGCUGAUUGGAUGUUCUACUCGUCACACCCUGCCUUGUUCCUCAGCACUUAUCUGGGCCAUGGCUUAUUAAUAGAUUAUUUUGAGAAAAAAAGACGGCACCAUAACAGUGAAGAAGUUAAUUCCAAUAACCUAGAGUGGCUUUCAAGCCUUUGGGACUGGUACGCUAGCUAUUUGUUCCACCCCAUUGCGUCUUUCCAGGACUUCCCCUUUGAAUCAGAUUGGGAUGAAGACCCAGAUCUGUUUCUUGAGCACUUAGCUUUCCCUGAUUUGUGGCUUCACCCACUAAUACCAACUGAUUACAUAAAAAACUUGCCCGUGUGGCGAUUUAAAUGUCUUGCUGGCCAUUCUGAAGAGGAAAUGGUGGAAAUCUCUCAAAGUGAAAGUGACUCAGACUGUGAAUGCAAAGAUGUACCAAGUAGUAGCACAGAGGUAUCAGAGGAUGAGCACAAUACCCUUCAAAACCCCUGUGAAGGCGAACUUCUGCACAGUGCCAAGAUCUGUUCAUGUGCCAAAGCCAGAUCGUACAGUGCUAUGGAAGAUACAGAGCCUGACUGGUCAGUUUGGCCUACUGAUACAUUGCAUUGUACAGAAUGUGUUGUAUGUCUAGAGAAUUUUGAGAAUAGAUGUCUGCUAAUGGGCUUACCGUGUGGCCAUGUUUUUCACGAGAAUUGCAUUGUUACAUGGUUAGUUGGGGGUCAGCAUUGCUGUCCAGUUUGCAGAUGGGCCUCUUAUAAGAAAAAAAAAUCAUACAGAAAUCCUCGUGUUUGGUCACGCCACAACCCAUCUUAGCUGUGUUAACUUCCCAUACAUUUCCUGCUUGCCUUUUACAUGUUAGUCACAAACAGACCGUGUGAUUUGAAGUUUUAGUUUAAAUGUUGGUGUGGUGAAAGACAAUAAACAUGAUGCUAAUCUUGAUGACUGACUGAUUUGGUUGCCUUGUAUGUUGAAACAAUACUUAUUGUACAAUUACAUGUUCCUUCUCAACAUUCUGAAGUUCAAAAGUUAGCAUUAUUUGGGGUUGUUUUGCUUUUUUUGCAAAUAUAUUCCAACAAAUGCUCAACAGGAGAUAAACAUUGACAAGUCUAAUGUAAAAUAACUGUUUUGUUUAAAUGUUUCUUCUUUUAGUUUCUUCAGCCCACUUUUUGUUGAAUAAUGUAUGGUCUAUGAGAAUACAUUUAAACAAAUCUAUAAAAAUAAAUUAUUUUAAAAGAA